GCUCAGUCAAGAAAGAUUUAUUUGGAAGUAUGGACUACGUGGACAUUGAAUCCUUUCGUUCAAAAUACAGCGAUAUAACCGUCACUGCUGUGCCCACUCGCUCCAAACGUCUGGAAGAAGCACCCGUUGAACCGGAAACCAAGGCGUCGGUGACGAAGCAACAGGAGCCCCGGGUGGAGAUCACUAGGGUGCCGGGAGCGCCAGGUAGUAGCUCCUCUGGCACACCCACUUCCACUGCCAUGAUGCAGCGCAGCAAGCAGCAGCAGAACGCAGCUGCCCUGGCUUAUGCCAACGAGUACAAGGAGGUGAUGGCCAAGCUGGAGUACACCAGGUACAUGCAGGCCAAGAUCCAGCUGAUGGCAAUGGCUAGUGGGGUGGGAAGCGGGGCCGGAGCAGGAAUGGACGGUUCUCUGUACGGAAUGAUGCCAACGGCGAUAACUGUAGACGCCAAUGCCAAUAUAGAGGACAAGUACUCCGAUUUGCUGCGCCUGCUGGCCGAGAUGCAACCCAAUCUGGCGCCCACUAUGAUGGGCCUGCGAGCGCCAAAGGAACGCCUGCAGAGAGACAUUGCCCAUGCCAGGGUUAUAGUGCGCGAGUGCCUCUUGAUCCUGGAGCGGGAUCAGCAGCAGGAGCUGGCAGAGGAGCCCCAGUCCCUCUCAGUGGAUGCCCCCACUAGCGAAUGACACAACUAACGUCAGACAAUAAAAAAUAAAACAAGAACCGAGUUCUGGGAACCCUCUUGUUUUGGUAGUACUGCGUCGGAAGGUGGUUGGAUGGAAUAGAAUGGAUCCGGCAUUUUGACACCAGCGAGCAGCAGAGCGCGAAACUUGUCCAUCAUGGAGGAGAGUAGAAGUAGUCGACUGAUUAGUACCCAUUGAGUAUUUAAGCUUUAGGGUGAGACACAUACCAUCCACAA